AGUUUAUUUUCAGACAAUCUGACAUCAAAUAUAACUGCAAAUCACAAACACACUCAUGAAUGUAAAGUGAUUGUUUAAUCACUGAUUAAAACUGCAUUUAUGCGCUGAAAUUGUUCAAUCAUAAUUUUGAAAACAAACCCAAGAAAUAACGUUCCCAAACUAAACUGGUUGUCAUUCAUGAAGUCUUUGGACUGCAGGGGUAGGUUUGGUCUCUUUUGAAAGAAAGGACUUCAGGUUUGUUGUCCAACAUUAUAAAGUGAAACAGUAAGAAAAGCUUUAAUGUGUAGUGGAGUUGAGUCAUGUAGAGGAGUUUUGAGUGUCAGUAUUGACUGUGGGCGGUCAGAUCUACAGAGGAGUUGACGAUCGAUCAUUAUGAUCACUGACAGACGGGAGUCUGCGCGGUUUUGUUGAUUGAUUACGAUGGAAUUAUUAAUAUGGCUUUUGCUUUUCUUCACACUGUACAGUCAUCAUGUGUUAUGCUGGAGUGAACGCACAGUGUUUCAGUCUCCUCAACAUGCCAAUACAGUUCUCCUGCGAUCCAAACGUGCCAACAUGUUCUAUUUGGAGGAGUUUCUGCCAGGCAAUCUGGAGCGGGAGUGUAUGGAGGAGAAAUGCAGCCAUGAGGAGGCGAGAGAAUGCUUCGAGAAUGAUCAGAAAACAGAAGAGUUUUGGACCAAGUACUAUGAUGGAGACCAGUGCAGUCCAAACCCGUGUCAGCAUGGUGCCACAUGCAAAGACCGGAUCGGAGGAUAUACCUGCAAAUGCACUGACAUGUACAGCGGAGCAAACUGUGAGACAGAUGUAUCUCAGUGUCCAUCUGAAGGACCUUUAGCCUGUGAGCAUUUCUGCAGAAUGACACACGAUUCAUAUCGUUGCUUCUGUGCUCGAGGAUACAUGCUUCAGAGCAACGGCAGAAACUGUCAGCCACAGGUUCAGAAUCCUUGUGGAAAGACAGACACCUCCAACCAAAGUGAACGCAGCAGCUCAUUUUGUAAUGAAGGACACUGUCCAUGGGAGGUGAAGUUUCUGAACGCUAAUGGUGAUGUCGUCUGUCAUGGUGUGAUUCUGGGGAGGGUGUCUGUGCUCACAUCAGCUCUGUGUAUGUCCAUACUGACAGAUCUCCACAUCAGUCUAGGGGGUUACUCAAACAUAACGCUUAACGCUGCGAGCUGGACGCCUCACAAGAAAUAUGUGUCGGGUCAACCGGAGGAUGACCUCGCCUUCCUAGAACUGCAACAGCCCAUUCCACAGGAAGUAGGAGCCGUUCCGCUGUGUUUGCCUGAGAAAGACUACAGUGAGAAUAUUCUGAUGAGGAGUGGCCGAGAGGGCGUGGUCAUGGGCAGUGCCAGUCACUCUUAUCUCUCAUUGGACGACUGUCGCACUCUCAACCUGACGUUCUUAAUGACCAAUAAGAUGUUCUGCAUGAAGAAACACAAGUCUGGCAUUCCCAUGAGAUCUAAACUGCUGCAGGAACGAGUGACGUGUUCAGUGAAGUCCGGCAGUCCCGUUGCAACAGUGAACGGAAAAACAGCGUUCCUGACCGGAAUUUCUCUGGCCAGUGAACACUGUGAUGACAGACUCGUGUUCACUAAAUUAUCACGAUAUCUGCACUGGAUCCGUCCACUUCUGCGUGCUUCAGAGAAAAAUAAAUGAAUAAAUUAAUUUAUUAUGGUGCCUUAAUACCAAAAUUAAAUAUGCAGAUAAUCCAAUACCAAUAAACAGCUCUCACGAAACCUGUCAAGAACACAUCUGGAUCAUGCUUCACACAAAAAAAUAGAAAUAAUACAUUAUUAUUUGCAAUAAACGAUUCUCAUUACAAUAAAAAAUAAAAUAAAAAUAAAGUAUUUAUUUAUACAUCAUGGUAGUAUUUGUGUCAUUGCCUUAAUUUUAUGCAAAUGUAUAUUUUUAAAAGCAUUGUGUUACAUUAUCUAAAUGUAAUACAGUAAUUUGAAUGUAUUAUGGUGUGUUCACCUCAUUACCGUAUGGAAUUACCCUAAUAAAAAAAACUUGACUUUCAAAAAGC